AUGAGGGAGUGCACCUUCAACGUGCUCAUGCCCGGACGCGUGUUCACCAUCACCGUGACAACCAAGAGCGGGGAGCUCAACAGCUCUGUGUCGGUGUUAGGGAGGACAGGGCCACGUGGACAGUUUACAGGCCAGCUGGGAACUCCCCCUGGAGACCUGGACUACUGCAGCCUGGAGCUCCUCCACAACAACCAGGCAGUACAGAACCACACCGUCCCAGCCAACACCACCUCUCUGCAGCUCAGUGACCUCAGGCCUGGUGCCUCCUACAGGCUGGUGGUCAGUACUGUCAGUGGUGGGAUGGUGUCGGCUUCGGCCGUGGCUGAGGGACGCACUGUACCAGCUGCGGUCGGAGAAGUUAUGGUCAGUAACAACGGUCGUCCAGACUUCCUGGGGGUGUCGUGGCAGCCAGCGGUCGGAGAUGUGGACAGUUACCUGGUCCUACUGAAGGACCGCGACAGAACCGUACACAACCUGGUGGUUUCUAAGGCAAGCCCAGAGUGUGUGUUUAACUCCCUCAAGUCAGGGAGGCUGUACACCGUCUCCAUAGCAACCCGCAGCGGCAGCUUCCAGAACAACACGGUGGUGACGGCUCGUACACAACCCUCCAGUGUCCAGAACCCCAACGCCAUCCACUCUGCCAGGGACGACUUCCUGAAAGUCUACUGGCGUCAUGCGGCCGGAGACUUGGACCGUUACGAGGUGGUCAUUAAGUACAACAACACGGUCGUCCAGAACCAGACGGUGGCGCGGUCACAGAACGACUGUGUGUUCAGCUCUCUGGUUCCCGGGAGGCUUUAUACGGUCACUGUCAGCACCUGGAGCGGAGAGUACCAGUCCAGUGUUUCUACUGACGGGAGAACAUUCCCCUCUGCGGUGCGGCGCCUGGCCCUGGGUGACAGUGGUACAGGUGAUCUGGUGGUCACAUGGUCUCCAGCGCUGGGGGAUGUUGAUCACUACGAGGUCCAGAUCCUCUUCAACGACACGCGGGUUUACCCGCCCGUAACCCUGGGCAACGAGGCCCGUGACCACCGCCUGGCCUCGCUCACCCCGGGACGCCUGUACAAGAUCGUGGUGUCCACCUUCAGCGGACCCAACCAGAGACCGCAGUUCAUCGAGGGCAGGACAGUCCCCAGCCAGGUGAGGAACCUCCAUGCCCGGCCAGGGGACCAGGCUGCCAGCCUGAGGGUGUCCUGGACCCCUGGUGAUGGGGACGUGGACAUGUACACUGUGUCCCUAUCCCAAGGAGGACACCUUCUGGAGACCAGACCUGUCCCCAAACACGUCACGGAGCUGGACUUUCAGGGUCUGAUACCAGGACAACUGUAUGGGGUCGAGGUUCAGGCCCUGAGUGGAAUACUGGUCAAUAAUUCUACAACUACUGGACGAACAGUCCCCUCCAGAGUGACAGCGCUCCAGGCAGACAGUGACCACACCACCCACAGUCUAACUGUGACCUGGGAGACUCCAGUGGGAGUGUACGAGGGUUAUAAGAUCCAGCUCCUGGAUGAUGGACGUGACUUAGUGUCUAAUAUUUCCAUGCCCCAGGGCUCCACCAGGCACCUCUUCGACCAGCUCACCCCUGGGAAGUGGUACCGAGUUCGGGUCGUAUCCGUCAGUGGAGGGAUCUAUGGCAAGGAGGCCGUGGCUGAGGGACAAACACGUCCAGCUGCAGUCAACGGUCUGACCGUGAUGACUGCCAACACCAGCGGUCUGAGUUUCAUCUGGCGCCCGUCCGAGGGCUACGUGGACGGUUACGACCUGUUCCUGUAUAACGUUGACGAGACGUUGCGUGGCCGACAGACCGUGGAGGCCGGGACCCAGGCGUGCUCCUUCUCUGGUCUGGUCCCAGGAACGCUGUACAAGAUGGAGGUGGUGAGCAGGAGCAGAGGCAUGAGCAGUGACUCAUCUAUACUAGCACGGACAGUCCCAGCCCCAGUGCGCUCUCUCCACGUCCAGGGUGGUAAGCGUACUGACCGUCUCUCCAUCAGCUGGCUGCCUGGGGCAGGGGAGUGGAGUGGGUACCAAGUGGUCCUGUACGGUGGCCUGGAGGGCUCAACCACCACCCUGGCAGCCCAGGAGCUGGGCAUGGAGCAGAGAGAACACCUGUUCCAGGGACUGGUACCUGGCCGUCUGUACCGAGCUGAGGUGGUCACACACAGUGGAGAGCUGACUAAUGCUGCGUCUGCAAAGGGAAGGACGGCCCCAGAGCCUCCCUCCAUGGUAUCCUUCAGAGACAUCAGUGAUAACAGCUCUGUAGAACUGACCUGGGAAGGUCCCGCCUCUGGUGACUACGACACCUUCGACCUCCAAUGGACUCCCAGAGACUCCCUGUCAAUCACAGCGGCUCAGCCAACCAGCCGCGUCCUGGGUGGGAUGUUCCCGGGACGACUGUACAACUUCACCAUCCGCACUGUCAGUGGGGGAGGAGCCAAGGGCGGACCUAUCGCCAACAGCCAGCCAAUCCAGAGGAGCCUCAGAACAAACCCAUCCAGACUGCGGAACAUGCAUUGUUUCCCCCAGAGUUCCUCAUCCAUAUCCUGUUCCUGGUCCUUCCCUGACUCCCACUGGGACUCCUAUACCGUGGAGGUGCGUCAGCAGGACAGCUGGGAGCUGGUGUACGCCCUGCGUCUGGCCCGGGAUAGUACCUCACUCAGCCUGGAGAACCUACAGCCUUACAAGAGAUACAACAUGGCUGUCAGAGUGGCCUCCGCUGGACUCAGCAGCCCCGCCGUGGAGGAGAACGUGGUCACCAUGAUCGACCGCCCGCCCCCUACCACAAUACGGGUCAAUGAGAGGGCGGUACGCAUCACCCCCUCCACCAUUUUGUUCAAGUUCAACUGCAGCUGGUUCAGUGACGUCAACGGAGCCGUCAGGUUCUUCACUGUCAUCGUGGCUGAGUCCAAUGACAAUGAAGUCCUGCAGACAGAGCAGCUCCACCCUCUACCUUCCUUCCAGGACUACAGAACCAACAGCUCCGUGCGGGCCUACCAGACAGGCUACUUUCCCAGUGGCUGUGCCCAGGAACAGGGAAUGGGAGCUGGGCAGGUGUUUGAGGUCAACCUGGGGGCGGGGCUGGAUCGCCUGGGAGGGCCUUGUGAUUCAGAGGAGGAUCAUGAUAACGAUCACAACAGUGAUCUCUACCACUUCUGUGAUGGUCCUCUCAAGCCUAAGACUGCCUACAGAAUAAGUGUCCGUGCCUUCACUCAGCUGUUUGAUGAUGACCACAGAGAGUUCCUCCAACCUCUCUACAGGGACACCUUCCUGUCUCCACCCAUCAGGACACAAGCAGAGCCCCUAAGCGGAGUCAUCGAGGGCAUCAGCGCUGGAAUGUUCCUCAUCGGAAUGUUGAUCGCCGUCAUCUCCCUCCUCGUCUACAGGCAGAGAGUCCGUAAAGUGGCAGUACAGGAGAGCCCAGUGGUACGGAUGAGCAUGUGGAAGCAGGGGCCUACAUCAGGGAUGUAUGUUGGAGUCAGAAGCAACCGACGCGUCUCAAGCCCAGUCAAAGCAGCCCACUUUGAAUCCCACCUCACUAAACUACAGGCAGACUCCAACUACCUUCUGUCAGAAGAGUUUGAGGAUCUGAAGGAUGUGGGUCGUAACCAGCCUCUGGAUGCAGCCCGUCUACCAGAGAACAGGGGCAAGAACCGCUACAACAACAUACUGCCCUAUGAUUCCACCAGAGUGAAGCUCUCCUACCUGGAGGAUGACCCCUGUUCUGACUUUAUCAAUGCCAGUUAUAUACCAGGGAACAACUUCCGUCGUGAGUACAUCGCCACCCAAGGCCCUCUCCCCGGAACCAAGGAUGACUUCUGGAGGAUGGUGUGGGAGCACGACGUAUACAACAUCGUCAUGGUGACGCAAUGUGUGGAGAAGGGACGGGUGAAGUGUGACCACUACUGGCCAGCUGACCGGGAGCCUCUGUACUAUGGAGACCUGGUGGUUCAAAUGCUGUCUGAGUCUGUCCUGGCUGAAUGGACAAUCAGGGAGUUCAAGAUCAGCUCUGAGGGUCGUCCCAGCUUCCCUCGGGUGGUGAGACACUUCCACUACACGGUGUGGCCAGACCAUGGGGUCCCCGAGACCACCCAGUCCCUCAUCGAGUUCGUACGGACCGUCAGGGACUACAUCGACAGAGCCCCCAGCACUGGAGCCACCGUUGUUCACUGCAGUGCUGGAGUGGGUCGUACAGGGACGUUCAUGGUUCUGGACCGGGUCCUUCAACAGCUGGACAGCAUAGGAACAGUGGAUGUCUACGGCUGUGUGUUUGACCUCCGGCUGCACCGCUCUCACAUGGUGCAAACAGAGUACCAGUACUCCUUCCUCCACCAGUGUGUUCGAGAUGUCCUGAGAGCCAGGAAGCUCCGUAGUGAGCAGGAGAACCCUCUCUACCCCAUCUAUGAGAACUUCAACCCAGACUACUACCGUGAUUUUGUGUACACGGGACGCUAAAGACAGUCUGGGUUCCUCUCCACAACUGAGUGAGAAUGAAAAGCAGGGAAGAAUCUGUUGAACACCAGCAGACAGCCAGUCUGUCACAACUACAGCACUAUAGAGUGGGGGGGUAAAGCUAUUUAUUAUUGAUACGCUGUUGGUUCAACCUCUCAGGAUGUCUGUUUAAAAUGGAACAGAUCCACGUCUGGAAAUAUUGACAUUACAUUCACUUAUACCUGAAUCUUAGGUUGCAUUCAAUGAGAUAUAUGUUUAUAUUGUUUUGCACCUAAUUGUAAGCUCUUCCAAGAAACAUUAUUUCUAAACUCAUGUUUUUUCAAUAUUAGUAAUGUCUGAUGAAAAGACAAAAGGAACAGAUAUAAAUGUGGAUAUAAUGAUUCUUAUUCAAUGUAAUAGAAAAAAGAUGAAUGAAAAAUAUCAGGCGAAGCAAUAAAUGGGAUUCUAUGAGGCGUAGCUACCCUACAUCACAAAGCAUUAUUAUGACAAGGCUUGACUCCCUAAAAACCUUCCCUGAAGGAACCUUCCCUGCAUCCCAACUGGCACCCUAUUCUCUAUGGGUCCUAAUCAAAAGUUGUGCACUAUAUAGGGAAUAGGGUGCCAUUUGGGUACAAAGCCCUUUCUGUAUAAUAUGUUCUAAAUCGUAGUUGCUGGUUCGUAGUUAAAAAAUAAUUAACCCGAAGCAGACAGACAGACAGCUAGCUGUCUUGAGAGUAGCUCAUCACAAUGCUGUCUAUAUCCUUGUAUAAAGUAGCAGACCGUUUGUACAGUUGCUUGUGUUGUGAAUAGUUCUCUUAUCUUUAAACAUAUCGUCAGUUCAUGUUGUGUGUGUGUACCAUUGAGAUUGUACAGUAGAGCCUGGAAGAGGGAACAGUAUAUAGUUUGUAUAAGUAUGACAUCUCGGCUACCUAUGUUUUCUAGGGCGAAGGGAAUACUCUACUGGAAAACAAAUGCCAUCUUGUAUUCGGUUGUCUCCGAAAGAGGUGGUAACCUUUUUUCCAUGGUCUUUCGAACCAGAUGGAGGGAGUGUUCAUGAGAGGGACUGUAUGGGUUUUGUACAUUACCUUCCUCAAAACAUGAUGUUGCAUUUCUGUUCAUCCUUUUGGCAUAAAACUAGGCUGAUGAAUGUG